AUGUUGCUAGAUCCAAAUCCAAUCGCAGAAGAACUUUUUAAAAUCAUUAAAAAGGCCUGGGAACAUAACCCUUCUGAACGUCCAAAGGUCAUGGAAGUACUAACAACUCUUAAAGAAGCUUAUGAAAAAUAUGUUCCUAAAAUGACUUCUCCAAUGAUAAUUCCUAAAAAUAUUAGUGAUAAUAACAUUCCAUAUUAUAAUCUUUCACCAAUUAUGGACGACGGAAAAUGUACCUAUAAAACCGAAUUUGAUUUUGAAAAAUUACCAGAGGAUACCAAGAGAGAAAAGGCUAAACAUUAUUCCAGAUUAGCUGCUUUGAAAAAUUAUCCCAAAGCAAUUGAGCUUUUAAAUAAAUUAAACGCUGAACAUAUAGAAAUGCAU